AUGUCAGUAAAAUUGUUAAACUAUCCAAUAACAAAGACAAUGCUGUUUUGCAUGUUGACCAUUUUUAUUUUUAGCUAUGAUAUUACAUCGGCAAGCGACUCAUACGACGAUUACAAUGAACUGUUUGAAGAUAACAUAGACAAUUUUUACGACAUUGAUAUUUAUCACGAAAACUACGCGAAAUACCAAACAGCGAAUCAUGUAUUUUACUGGCUAUACACGAGAGAUGAUACCGAUGGUCAAAUGUUAAACAGAAGUGAGCCACACAUGAUCGAGUCGACGACGUACGAUCCAACAAAUCCAAUUAAAGUAAUCGUGCACGGUUGGCUUGGAUCUACUCAAGAAAAAUCAGGCGUUUGUUCGUACAACGUAAAAUCGUAUUUUGAAGUGGGAAAUUACAAUGUGAUCUGCGUGGAUUGGAAACAAUAUUCGACCGAUAUAUCAUAUGCGGUCGCGAAGAAGAGAUCCAAAUACAUUGCUCUGGAUAUUGUCAAGGUGUUGUUGAAGAUUACGUCCAACAUGACGUGGGGCUGCUAUGACACUAUGCAUAUAAUAGGACACAGUAUGGGAGCACACAUUGCCGGACAUGUUGGAAAAAAUCUGCCCGGCAUUGAUCGGAUCACAGGGUUAGAUCCCGCAAAACCGAUGUACGAGAAAAGUGGACCAGAUGACAGACUAGAUAUGACUGACGCGAAUUAUGUUGAUGUAAUGCAUACCAACGCUGGUCAAAAUGGGCUUAACAAAUCUAUUGGUCAUAUGGAUUACUAUCCAAAUGGAGGAUCAAAGCAACCCGGCUGCGUUGAACGUUCAGAUAAACCUGGUGCGUGCAGUCACGUUAGAGCCUAUCAUUAUUACGCACACUCAAUAUGGUCCAAAGACGAUUAUAUCGCAUACAGAUGUCCCAGUUGGGCUGACUUUCAAGCGAAUCGAUGUGUCAAUGCUUGCAAAAAUCUGAUGGGCGAAUAUUCAGACCGGAAGAAGGAUGACGGCGAUUAUUAUUUAGAAGCACUCUGCCAAGAUUAG